UGUCACUGGCUGUCGGGAGGAGACUGAUGGAGGACAGAGGGGACUACGACUCCUAAGCAAACGCUAACACCGACGGGCGAACAAAUCAACAAGAGCGCGAGAAUGCAACACACCCGCCCCGCGGAGCUGCACCAUGUUCAGGCCUGAACUGGAGAAGUUUGUUGGGACUGUCACAGUUUAAGUGCACGGUCUCAACAAAAGCGAAAAGUGCACCCGGCCCAGAUGGAAAUCAUUUGAACUGACAGUCGACGCGGUGUUAGAAAAGGCAAUCAAUGUUUAACGUGUAGAAUAACGUCCCGACAAAAUGACCCGUUUGCACUGCGGGCGUCGCGGCUCUUGGCGAGGAGUUUCUCCCAUUCACUUCUUCAUCGCGCUCACGCUCCUGGAAAGCUGCAAAACGUUGGGACUAUCAGACGAACCAGAGAGAUUCCUGCAGGAUCUGCCAGAGUAUGAAGUGGUUCGCCCCGCUAGGGUUGAUGCCAGAGGUCACUUCCUGUCCAACUUCCUGUCGCACCAUGCUCGCAGAGUACAGCGCCGGGAAGCCUCAGAGAGUCCAGUGGACUUAGAUCGAGUCUUCUACCAGUUGUGGCACGGCGGCCACAGUUUGAACUUUAACCUCACCCUCAACCCACACCUGCUGGCUCCAGGCUUCCUGACGGAGAGGAGGUACGGUGGCCUGGACGGGGCACAGAUCCGUCCUCCUGGAUCCUCCCGGUGCCAUUAUUUAGGUGAAGUGUGGGACGGGGCGACCGUUAAAGGGAAGGCAGCCAUAAGUACCUGCGAUGGACUGACAGGACUGUUCAGGUUGUCUGAUGAGGAGUUUUUUAUUCAGCCUCUGGAGAAGCCAAGCCAUGAGACCUCGGCACCACAGGCCCAUGCCGUCUACAAACGCCACGCGUCCCCUCCCUCCUGGAGUCCAGUCGUACAGCCGAUCUCAGGGAAACAAGCUCUCAACGGUACCUGCGGACUCAAAAAUUCCCAUCAAAGUCUUGAAGACAUCGAGCGACAGCGGGAGCGCUGGGAGCACCGCCAGCAGAGAAGGAGGAGAAUUCGUCAACGCUCAGUCAGCAAAGAGAAGUGGGUGGAAACCCUGGUGGUGGCUGACCCGAAGAUGGUGGAGUAUCAUGGGAGCAAAGCUGUGGAAGGAUACGUCCUCGCUAUCAUGAACAUUGUGGCGGGUCUGUUCAGAGAUGCCAGUAUUGGAAAUGCGAUCAACAUUGUGGUUGUUCGAGUCAUCCUACUGGAGCAGGACGAGGAUGACUUAAAGAUUACACACCAUGCUGACAACAGCCUGAACAGCUUCUGUAAGUGGCAGAAGAAACUCAACAUGAAAGGAGAGGAACACCCGCUGCACCAUGACGUAGCCGUCCUGCUCACCAGGAAGGACAUCUGUGCAGCCAUCAACAUGCCCUGUGAGACUCUGGGCCUGUCCCAUGUGGCAGGGAUGUGUCAGCCGCAUCGCAGUUGCAGCAUUAGUGAGGACACAGGACUUCCACUGGCCUUCACUGUAGCUCACGAGCUGGGACACAACUUUGGGAUUCAGCAUGAUGGCAACGGUAAUGACUGUGAACCCAUUGGGAAACGACCUUUCGUCAUGUCUCCACAGCUCCUGUACGGCACCUCCCUGCCCAGGUGGUCAGACUGCAGUCGCCAGUAUAUCACCCGCUUCCUGGAUCGCGGCUGGGGCUGGUGCCUUGACGAUCCCCCGGUGAAGGAUAAGCUGUCUCUGAACUCGCUGCUUCCUGGGGUUCUGUACAGCGCUGCCCAUCAGUGUCGGCUGCAGUACGGAUCUGGGUCCCUGCUGUGUGAUGACAUGGACAACGUAUGCAGCACCCUAUGGUGCACCGUGGGAACAACCUGCCACUCAAAGCUGGAUGGGGCCGUGGAUGGGACCAGCUGUGGCGAGGACAAGUGGUGUUUCAGUGGGGAGUGUGUAGCAUUUGGAUUUCUCCCUGAGAGUGUGAAUGGGGGCUGGGCGUCCUGGAGCGAGUGGUCAGCCUGUUCGAGGACAUGUGGAGCUGGUGUCCAGGGGGCUCAAAGAGACUGCGAUGACCCAGUUCCUAAGAACAGAGGAAAGUAUUGUCUGGGAGAACGACGGAGGUACAAGAUCUGUAACGUCACCCCGUGUCCUCACGACCUGCCCACCUUCAGAGACGUCCAGUGUAGUCACUUUAACACCAUGCCGUACAAGGGCAAGUUCUACAAGUGGGAAGCGGUCAUCAACAGAGUCAACCCCUGUGAGCUGCAUUGCCGUCCACUGAAUGAGCAUUUCUCAGAAAAGAUGCGUGAUGCUGUCACUGAUGGGACGCCGUGCUAUGAGGGCAACAAAAGCCGAGAGAUGUGCAUCAAUGGCAUCUGUAAGAAUAUCGGCUGUGACUACGUGAUCGAGUCGAGUGCUGUGGAGGAUCGCUGUGGUGUGUGUCAUGGUAACGGUUCCACCUGUACGACCGUGAAGAGGACGUUUGAGGAGAGUGAAGGACUUGGUUAUGUAGAUAUUGGACUGAUCCCUGAGGGAGCCCGGGACAUCCGCAUUGAGGAGGUGGCUGAAGCGGGCAAUUUCUUGGCCCUGCGAAGCGACAACCCCAACAAGUAUUUUCUGAACGGCGGCUGGACGAUCCAGUGGAACGGAGAGUAUAAAGCAGCCGGGACAGUGUUCACCUACGUGAGGACAGGACACCUGGAAAACCUGACGUCUCCCGGGCCCACCAUGGAAACACUGUGGGUUCAGCUUCUCUUUCAGGAGACCAAUCCAGGAGUGCGGUACGAGUACACAAUCAGUCGAAAUGUCUCGGAGGACAACGACGGCCCCGUGUCAGUGUUCUUCUGGAAAUAUGGUUCAUGGACUGAAUGCAGUGUCACCUGUGGAGCAGGUGUUCAGAGGCAGAUUGUCCACUGUGUGGAAAAGACAACUGGGAUAGUGGAGGAGCACUUCUGUGACCCCUUAACCCGUCCUGAUGAUAACCAAACCAGCUGUAGCAAGGAUCCAUGUCCAGCCAUAUGGUGGGUUGGGGAGUGGCAGAAAUGCUCAGCGAGCUGUGGGAGCUCGGGCUUGGCUAAAAGGACGGUGCUCUGCAUCCAGGCAGUAAGUGUGGAGGAGCAGGAAGCCCUGCAGCCCGGUGAAUGCGAACACAUGCCCAAACCUGAAUCUCUGUCCUCCUGCAACACACACAUCCCCUGCCCAGCAGACUGGAGCACUGGCAGCUGGUCAAAGUGUUCGCUGACUUGUGGAAGUGGAGUGCGUCGGCGUAAUGUCACCUGCUCUAGAAACACAGGCGCUGAUUGUGACCCCCACAAGAAACCUCUAGCUGUCAGCACCUGUUACCUCCAGGACUGUCCGCGGGUUGUGGAUAACUUUGGAGGUAUCGACUGGUCUGGAAGCGGCUGGUCGAGCAAAGAAGUGCUCAAUGAAAUUAACUCCAUUCCUGAAGCCAAACCUCCUCCCAAAUUCAGCACCACCAGGGCCCAGCCGAAAAAUCAUAAUGACCUUAAUGACAUCGUUGAGGGAGAUUUUCACUACCACAAUAACAUUGAAAAUAUUGAUCAAAACAGUGUGCAAGUUGACGAUUUUUACUAUGACUAUAAUUUUAUCAAUUUCCAUGAAGACUUGUCGGAUGACUUUGAGGGUGAAGGAAAUGAUUCAGGGGACAGUCAUGGACUCGAUGCUCCGCAGGACAAGCUGACACACAGAGUGAAAGAAUAUGCCAUUACUGAAACUACAAGAGCUCCCACAGUUAUUUCAGCCAUUUCUACCAUUUCAAAGACCACAGAGCCACAGACCACAGAUGUGGACAAGGUGAAGGACGGCGAAAAGUCAGCAACAAAGGAGUCUGUUCAGACGAAUUCUGAAAACUUGGACGACUUCCUGGCUGAGGAUUAUCUCCUGCCCGUGUCUCCUACUCACUCACCGCCAAUGUUUACGACUCAGCAUUCACAAACACUAAAGGAGACACAUGACGAUGAGUGGUGGCAUGAAACCAUUAGCACAAUGCCUAGUCUGGAUUUCACUACAAAGGAGCCUGAACGGGAUGUGAAAUGGGGACAAUAUGGGGAGGAGGCUGAAAAUAACUAUUACAGUUUCACUGAGGAGGAAAAUCCCACUGUGCUUGUCACUGUGACUCCAAAACAUGUUGCUCCUACUCCCAGACAUCAAACAAUUAUUAGUGCUAUUGUCUCCACAACAGCGAGUGCUCAGGAGACGGAGGGACAUGAUGAUUAUGAGUACAGUCUCAAUGAAAAAAGCACACUAGGUCCGGAUGUCUCUGCAGACCAAGAGGAUGCAGAGAGUCCAGAACCUGUCGGCUCUCCCACGCCUGAAACUCUCAUUCAGGUCAGGACUGAAGUCCAGCUGGACGAAAGUGAUUCAGAAAUACCUCAAACAACCAGCCAAUCAAUAAUAUUUCCAACUGCCUUCACAUUGGAGGAUUUGGACUUGGAUCAGACUCAUUUUAAUACAGUAUAUGGCACGAGCGAGGGCAAUACAUGGGAUCCUGACCUUGACCUCAGUACAACCUCACUUCCUGCCUCUCAGAAAUCCACUACUCUCCCCAUUCCCUUUCUGCCAAGCUCAGGUAACCGAGAGGCCUCUGAUGAGUCCACAUCAUUAACUGGAACAGAAAUCAUACCUCCUACAAACCUGGAGGGAGCCAUUCGGCCUUCUCCAGCUGAUCUCCUGCCAGCUCAAACGGAGCAGUUACCUACAAAACCCGCCGACACGGAAACAACUGGAACAGAUUCCACACUCCAGGCGCCACCAUUUGAUUUAGCUGAUUUUGACUACAAUGAAAUAGUCAUUCCCCCAAUGGUGAGGAGCAGCGGUGACAGUGAUCCUGGCCCUUCACAUCAGCUUCCAACAAACUCGGCAGCCGCUCCCCGACCUAGCACAACACCGGUAAUGCCCAUCGACUCACCAACACCUGCUGUGCUCCUUGUGCCAACCCAUCCGCCUCCAUCUGCCCAAACUUCAGCCUCAACACGAGUCACCACCGCUGCCUACUGGGUCACCGGCAACUGGAGCGCUUGCUCCACCAGCUGUGGCCUCGGUGCUAUCUGGAGGACUUUGGCUUGCAGUACUGGCUCAGACUCUGACUGUGAUCCGGCCAAGAGGCCGGCACCAGCCCAGCGCUGUUACCUGCGCCCCUGCUCCACAUGGAAUAUUGGGGAGUGGAGUAAGUGCUCCAAGAACUGUGAAGGUGGCAUUAAAUCACGAGAGGUCCAGUGUUUCGACAUGCGGGAUCAAAGGCCCCUACGACCUUUCCACUGCCGGGCCAUGUCCUCCAGGCCACAAACACAACUGCCCUGUAACCUCCAGCCGUGUCUCGACUGGUACACCUCCUCCUGGGGUCAGUGCUCUGAGGUGUGUGGAGGAGGUGAGCAGCAGCGAAUUGUCACCUGUCCAGAGGAGGAACGUUGCGACAGGGAUCUUCAGCCCAGCAACAUCCAAUCAUGUAACAUCCAGCCUUGUGCUCAGUGGCUCACUGGCUCGUGGGGACAGUGUUCAGCGUCUUGUGGAGGCGGAGUCCAGCAACGACUCAUCAAAUGUGUGGACAUGAAGGCCGAGACGGACGACGAAGUUGAUCAAACUCAAUGUGACCGUGAGUCGCAGCCUGAGAGCACCCAGAAGUGUAACAUACAGGAGUGUGAGAGCGCCCCCUCUGGAGCCGUUUGUCUUCGUGACCGCCUGACAUUUCGUUUCUGCCAGACUCUCCGCCUGCUCGGCCGUUGCCAUCUGCCCAAUGUGCGAGCUCAGUGCUGCAAAACCUGCAGCCAGCGCCCCAGCAGCACGUCUCGCCGCUGACAUGCAGCAAAGUAACCACUCACAUGCCUCAUCAGCAGGAACACUGACUGCACCACUGACUGAUGAAAUAUCAAUCAUCAUGCAAAGUCAACAAUCUGAGCCUUUACCUGAUUUUUUUUCACCACUACAGACUAAUGAUGAAUUAGUCCCACUCCAAAACUCUCAAUAUUUGUGCUGGUGAAAUUAUUACAUAGGGCUGAAAGUAAUUUGAACUAUAACAAAGCACAGCCCCUCUUAUAGCUAAACAAUGAGAAUGUAAACAUUUGUUUGCACUUUGUUUUUAGUAUGCAGUCUGAGCAGAAUGAUAUUUUAUGAGUCAAUACGUCCUUGUAACACAUACGGAGCUACAUUAAAUAGAGGAGUCUUCUAUUAUCGUAGCCAACAUAGUAAUGCAUUAUUACACAUGUAGACAAACCAAACUCUAUGGUUGGUACAGUGCUUUCAUUUUACUGAUCUGCAACAGAAACUGUAUAGAUUGAAACAGACACUGAACUGUUUGUUGCAGGUAUAAAAUUCGCAGUGUGAAUAUAUGUACAUUAUAAUGUGGUACAAGUGUUACGAAGCUAAAAAAAAAGAAGUGAUGCAUAAAAAUGCUUCAUGUUGCAUUAAUAAACAACUGACCGUUUACUAAGCCCUGCCCCUUAGUUACUGUUGCUACGAUAUGCUUUUCAAUCUUGCGUGGCACAUAUGCAGUUAACAAUAAUGCGUGGUAGAUUUACCAGUUUUUGAAAUUUCACACGGAAGCAGACAAAAACGCAGCUUCAUCAGUUCUCAUCUGUUCUCAUCUUUUAACUGGAAUGAGUUGUCGGCAAUUGUCACUGGCAAACUUCAUCACCUGUAGCUUGCUAGGUAAGCUAAUGCUAUUUCCACAAGCUGAGAAGACGAGCGCCUCAUAAACAUGACAUUGUGCUGAAAGACUGACGCUAAAGCUACAUGUCCCAGGGAUAAAGUCAGUCAUCCUCACUGAGUCAUGAUCUGGUAUUGCAGAGUAGAACUAGUUAGCCGUAGCAUUGAAUAUUAGCAGUCGAUGUUAGCUUAAUCUCUGAUGCUAAUGCUAAACAUAGACAAUAUUAGGUAUGGGGAGGGCGGGGCUAAAAAAACGGUCAGUUGAAACGUUUAAUGUCCACAGCAGCUUGUAAAAAGCCUUUUUGAAGCAGUUGUAUCGGUAACAGUUGUGUAAUGUCAUAUUUAGGCUUUACCACACGCAUAUUUUUUUAAGUCACAAAGUAAAAUGUAAAUGUAAAAAGUGGAGCUGCAGGAAAUACUUGGUGCUAGAAGCCACAUAGGCUCCGGACAUUUUUGGGUCAGGUAUUGGCAGGCCCAGUGCCUCAUCUACUUGAAUAUUGGAUAAUUUGAUGUCAUUAUUUUUAUUAACCACUUGAUUGAAAUACGAGUCAAAUUCAGCUUUUCGGAAUAAAUAUUUUUGAAGCAUUUGUGAAAGUUUUCAAAAUGGACUAUCAGUGUCACAUUAGGUUUGUUAAAUUUAAUUAAGGAAUUAGAUAUAUGCAAUAUUUUAUAAUUUAACGUGGGUUUUAGUUUCUGUUAUUUUCUUGUUAUGGAGGAACUGAAUCCCUCACACUUAACUCUUUCAUCUUUUGUGCUCAUUCCUGCAUUGACAGUCGUUGUUAGCACUGAUACAUACUGUAUGUAGCCUGAAAUUCUUUAAGUCUUUUCAGCAGGUAUUGAAAAGCAGCUCAGACAGAUCAAUGCAGUCCAGCCCAGGCAGCAGCAGUGCCAUCAUUAUCUCCUGUAUUUCUUUAUGUUGUUUAAUGCUUAAUGUUAAAAAAAGUAGUAUAAAAGCUUUUGUGCUUUAUUGAACGAAAAAUCUCUUUUAUUUUAAAGAAAAAGAGAAAAAAAAAUCCAUGUUGUGUUUCUGUAAAAUAUUAAACAUUGAGAUAAGGUGCACAGAGGUCAAAUCGUCCCACAAAUACAGCUGUUGAAACAGCGCUGCAGCUUUAAAUAACAUUUCUUUGCUGGAAGAAUGGAACGUUAACAAGCCUCUGGAGUUGCGGUUCUGUAGCUAUAAGGUAUUUGUUGAAGGCGUUGGUGAACAGAGACAUUGCAAAACCUCUUUGUUGAACUAACGUACAUUAUGUCCUCAGGCAACUGUAUACCCAAGCAACAGGAAGCAAAUUACAGUUGGAGUGUUGUUGCAUCUCACACAGUUAGAAGUCAUACUAUUAUUUGAUAAUACAGAGUUGUAAUUUACCUUUAAUGUGUAUUAAAAGUAAAUUAUAAAUACCUUGUCUACAUACAUUAUGUAUAUGUGUAAAGAGCUAUUAUUUGGCAGAAAAACAAAUGUAUUUUUUUUUUUUUUUUUUUUUUUACACUGAUGUGUUUUUAAAGUGAAAUUUUCUUUUAAGUUUACAGGUGAUACUGGGAAUAAGCAAUUUAAGCAAUGUUCACAUGCUGCCUUGUUCAGUUUGCUAUCUCAAAAUGACAUACAUUUGGAAAUGUGCUCAGGAUUCAGUUGAUGCAAUUAGCCUCUUCCUCUUUGGUUACUGCUGUCAGGCUUUUAAUUCAGGUGUGGCACAUAUGGAGUCUACAGGGAAAAUUGUGGCAGAUGUAUCUCAAAUUCAAAUCAAAAUUCAAAUUUUUUCCAAAAACAGGUCCUCAUGGUCAGACAGAUUUGAUAUGAGUAACAUUAUCUUUUUAUCUGUUAUCCAGCAGCAGGUUGUGUCUUAAAAAAACAUGUUCAUGGUUCUGUCUGCUCAGAAAGAUAAGAUUCAAUUCAGCAAAAGAGGAAUAGUGGAGAUGAGUCUGUGGAAAUGUUGGGAUUAAACAUUGGUUUUGCCCUGGGCAAACAUUUCCUCUUUCAAGGCAAAAAGCAGACAUCAAUAACGCCAUGUUAAUACUUUUGAAGCCUGCUGCUGGAUAAUGGGUAAAAGAUAACAUUACGGUUUUUCCCUUAAUGUUUGAGUAGGGGUUAAGCUACAUGAUGCCAUGCUAACUCUGCACCAUAUAAGAGAGGCUGAGGCUAAAACGUCAAGCAGAAGUCUGCAUCCUCAUCAUAUAGAUCCAUGUAGAAGACAAUAUCCUUCACUUUUACAAAAUAACAGGUUUCAUGAGUGAGGGACAGAUGAGUUUAGCAGAUGUGUCUCAGGUAAACCUCUCCAUAAAGAGCAAAACAAAAUCACUAACCUUUGACAUAGUGGCAUAUGGGACCAGCUAACACACAUUCAGUAUGCCACUCCUAGUGACCAAGGCUAUUUAAUGUAACUUGUAACCCACAAAAUGUUGUAGUUACCUAAUGUUAUUCCACCCAUUCAGUUGUGAUAGUAAAGGGAGUUAGUCGAGCACACGAAUGUUUACCUUGGAGCAGACACUUCAGCACACUGAAGCGGAACGCAGACAUUGUUAAUGUUCAUUACAGCUGUGCUUUUCCUGCUAGGACUAAAUAUCUCUUGUGUGUUCUUGUUUUUGAGUUUGUUUUGUUUUUGUUUUUUACUCGUCCUGCAUACACACCCGUUUUAUUUAGAGAUAAUUUAGAAGGCUUCAAAGCGGGACGCACCUGCUGUGCCGAGGUAUAAUUGCUAAACUGAUUGGACAAUCGAGGGUGUAACAAAGGGUCAAUCAUGUUUUGAGGUAUUUUGAUGUGUUCACAUUUCAUUUACGAACCCAUUCCCACAGUUAAACACAGCUGAUGUCUGACUCCAUGGAUUGUAGAAGCCUUUCACUGCAACUAAGAGCAUAUUUUUUCUUUUACUCAGUUUAGUUUGUUGAAGUUUCUGUUCUUUUUCUGUUUUUAAAUAUUCAUCUUUGUAAAUUUGGUGGUGAUGUUGGUUUCCAAGCACAAAAUGAAGACUCUAGCCAAGAGUGGCUAGUAUGAUGCUUACCUGCCUGUAGUAUAUAUGAUAUGUACAGUAUUUCUCCAACAGAAAUGACAUAAUGUCGCAGUCACAGUAACUAUUAAACACAUUUUUCAGGGCA